AUGCAGCUGGUCGAGGUGCCGGGAAGCCGCUCGUUGAAAGAACGAGCCGGCAUCACCGUCAAGUUCUACGGGGUGGCUGCUCCCGUGAAGCGAAUUUGCACGAGCUGGGAAGAGUGCAAGCCGCAUGUACACGGCGUCAAGGGGGCGAUGUACCGCAGCUUCGCCACGCGCGAGGAGGCUGAAGCGUAUGUCAACAAUCCGCCGGCUCGGACAGUGAAGCAGCCCAAGCAGUCCCAGAAAAAGUCUGCGAAGACUUCUGAUGGCUCCGAAGACAAGGGUGAGACUGUGGAGACUUCCAAGAAGAGCCGAAAAGUGAAGAAGCCCAGCAAGGACCCAGCUGAGAAGCCUGAAAAUGCAAUGGAAGAAGACACAAAGGUGGAAGCGAAGAUCGCAAAGGGAAAGGUGAGAAAGGGAACAAAGAAGAACCAGCCCGACAAUGACGAGCCAGCUGAGCCAGCCCGCAAGCGUCAGCGGAAGGAGAAGGCUAGGGAUACAGGAGGGCUGUUUUCUGUUUCAGUGGUCAUCUUCGCAAGCUCUGCUUGCCUGUACAGGAUUGAAAUCGCAACACCAGCAUGGUCGAUGCAGGAGAAGCCGCCCAAGGCAGCAGACAAGCCUUCGUCGCUUCCGGAAGUGAGUCCAGAGGCUGUGCCCAAACUCUACAGGGACAGGGACUUCGGAUCUCUUCCUCCAAAGCAUUCCAACGCUAGGUACUUAAACUGGCGGAAGAAGUUGGAUUGUCGACAGCGCUUCGCAAUCUUCGCCUACGCUGCUCUCAACGUGGAUGCGCAGAUCCUCUUGCAACUUGUCUGCCGAGCCUCACUGCUGCAGUGCUAUUGCAUGCAAAGGCCACAUUUUGUAACUAGGCAUUCGGUGAGCUUUGAGAUAUGCUGUAAUUAUGUAGGAAGUCAAGCAGACAAUGCAGCACACCGUGGCAACGGAAGAUUUGCAUGCGCCAAGAUUGGGGCAGGACCACUCUGCGUGAGUGCGAUGGGCUCGUCAACAAGGCCAAGUGCCGCAUUCUGGAGACGGGUGGCCUCGCACCCAGCGAAGGAAAGCACGCAUCCACAAUAUCCACUCCUCUUCAAGCCCUCUCUCUGUUCAGCUUAA